GGGGUAUUUAUAUUAGCAGACGACAAAACAGCGGUCACUAGCUCCUAAUGGUUGUAUCACUCCACAGGCGCGCAAGGAUUAACAGUACAGCCUCGGAUUCUUGGUCAGGUGAAGAUCAUCAACACUGUCAGGUGUUUCAAAAGCUAUAGAGACUACUGAUAUGGACGAAUCAUCAACCAGCCUUCCCAAACGGAAGAAAAAGAGACGAAAAUCCGUGGCCCAACCAGAUCCUAAUUGGGGCCCAUCAAAAUCGAAACACUCAUCUCAUACUGCAGACCUUGCACCAAGCUCGGAAGCCAUCUCUCGGCCUGGUGCUGCUAAACGGUUCCUCGGUAGCCAAAUGGAUACACGUGUCAGCGUGCAUUCCCAAGACCACGCCAAUCGGCUACAUGUACAGGAAGUCGUCACGAAAGAAGAUAGUAAGACCACGGGGGUAUCGGCCAAGAGUGCCGCCAAGAAGGUGAACAAGGUGAAGGAAGAACUGCUUAAGAAUGCGAGCCCUCUCCGCAGAGCUGUGUACGACAUGGUGGACUCGAACUUCUUCGGCGGGAUGAUCCUUGUAGUGAUCCUUCUCAACACCACUAUGCUUGUGGUGCAGACCUUUGAAGAGAUAGAAGUUGGCGCAGGGUCCUUUUUGAUGGUGCUGGACCAGCUGUUCAGCGGUAUCUACAUGAUAGAGUGCGUCAUGAAGUUAUACGCCUUUCGAGGGUCGUACUUCAAAGAAGGCUGGAAUGACUUAGAUUUCAUCAUAGUGAUGUUCAACCUGAUUGACGUCAUCAUGGAUCUGUACACAGGUGGUGCACCAUCCAGUGCCACAUCAGGUACAGAGUCAGCGGAAAUCUUCCGUCUUUUCCGCAUCUUCCGAGCGCUCAGGGCACUGAGAGCUAUCAGAUUUCUGGGCAACCUGCAAGUGAUCAUGACAACAUGUUUACAGUCCAUCCAGUCCAUGGGCGCCAUCUUCCUCCUCAUGUCCCUCUUCUUGUACAUGUUUGCAGUGAUUGGACGGGGACUGUACGCGGGCAUUUACCGUGAGAAUGGUCGGUUCGACAACUUGGCAAUUGCCAUGUUCACGCUAUUCCAGCUGCUGACGUUGGACGAUUGGUACUACAUUUACAGUGAUGCAGUCAGCAACGACCCAGGGCAAUGGCACAUCUUUCUCUACCUGUUCCUCUACAUCAUCAUGGAGUACUUCAUCUUCCUCAACUUAUUUGUUGCUGUGCUAGUGGACAACUUUCAGCUGACCCUUAAGGAUCAUGCAGAGGCGAGGAAGCACAAGAAGAAACAUAAGCGUGCUGCUGAUGAUGACGACUCUGAUGACGACUGGUAUGAUGACUACGAGUCAUCAAGUUAUGAUGAAAGUGAGGAGGAAGAUGUACUGCAUCUGCACAAGAAAAAGACAAUCAACAACUAUUAUCCUGAAGGCUAUACAACCAGGGAGAAGGAACUGAUGACUCGGUCCUUCCAGCUGCUGGCCUCUUUAGAGUACAAUAACCACAUUCUGCAGAACCAAAUGACCGUUGUGGACAACUUUAUUGAGCUUGUGGUUGAGGAGGACAUGUAACAACUGCUACACACUAUGGAACUCACAUGUCCUGACAUACAAGUUUACAACAUACUAUGACCAUUAAUAUUGAG